GACUCAGGUGUUGCGUGCCGUGCGCAUUACACCUGUUUUUGCCAGCCUGCACCUUAAACAACCAUUGGAUUACCUGCGCAGGUACUCUCAACAAAAUUUUGUCUUAAGCCUGUCCCAACUUUUUCGAGGAAAAAUAACAAGCCGUGAACUUUUCGACUUAGCCUACUAUAUCAUUAAGGAAGACAGUUAGUCUGCAACGCUGCGACAAAGUGAAAGUAAAGGGCGUAUCUGAUUUCCAAAAAUGUCUCGUCGUUAUUUCCUGGCCUAUUUCACAUUUUUCUCGUCUCUGGUUGCUGGACAGUCUCCAAAAUAUGCACUCAAGGGGCAGGAGUUCUUUAUAAUGCCAGACGUCGCUGGACACCCUGAUGGAAUUCUGUGGAAACAUAGUGGCAACAAAGUGGUGGAGUUUAAUGGCAAUGAGCAACAGGUGUACACCCCAUAUGAAAACAGGAUCACUCUUGAUUGGGUCUCUGCAGAACUCGGUAUCACUGAACUCAGAUUUGAAGACAGCGGAGACUAUGAAUUGGAAAUAGAAGUAAACAAAGGAUUGCAUCGUUCAAUUUAUAAAUUGGAGGUCAUAGACAAGGUUGCCAAGCCCACCAUAUCCUGCGAGAUGAGCGAUGGCAGCAGCUCUAACAGAUCUGGACAGUUGGUGUGCUCGGCAGAGCCCAGACAACCUUUAAUGAAGUUUGAGUGGAGAACACAUGGAGGAGUGCAGCCUGGCCCAGAGCUUACAAUAUCUCUGGGGGAGGAACAUGAUGAUGAUGUACAUAGUUGCAGUGUGAGCAACCCUCUAAGUAAUGAAACGGCUACAUUCACUGCAAAGGAUUGCUACACAGACCAAAGUUCAUCUGUAGCAGUGAUUGCCAGCAUCAUCAGCAUCUUUUUAAUUGUGCUACUCGUGGUUUUGGGCAUACUGUUCUGCAAAGUAUACCAUAAAGCAUGUUUUGCAACAGCUGAUUUGGAAAAACAGUCACCACCCUGUAAAACAGAAGGUUCAGAUAAGAAGAAAGCCCAGGGUGAUGAAAAUAAGUCUCUUCUUCAUAGAACAGACACAAUUCCCUCUCAGCAGCCACUUCGCAAUUUGGCCCAAGCAGGAUUUGUCAAAGAGAGAGCAAAGAUGUUUGAACAAAUCAAUGAUGGACAGACAGGUUCAAAGAAGAACAUAGACAAGCAUAAGAAAACUUUGUCUCCUCCUUCCCCUCCACGUAGGGAGUCCCCUUCUCCUCUGGAUCUGAAUAAUCUUGCUUGCAGCGACAAAGGUGAUGCAGAGUCCGACCAGCUCAGAGACUGUGCAGAGGAUAUAGUCCCAUUAUACGACCCCUCACACUCUGAGAAGGCAAAUGAACCAGACCUAGCUGGUGUGUCGUACGACUUAGGUGAGGAAUUCUCCAUCGCUCCUGAACAGCCAGAGCCAGAGAAAGAGGCAGAUGAGGAUGAGGAAGAACAGUCUGCUCCUGCCAGUGCUGAAACUACUUCUGCCGCUCAGCCACAUUCCCCUUUGACCGAAGGCUGUCUAAAUAUGGCACCGAAGGACGCCACUGGUGAACACAAAGAAGACGCCAACUCAGAUCAGGUCACUGGAGAAAUUGCAGAUAAAAAUGGGGGAGAAUCUGACUCAUCAGGCGAAGAGGAAAGAAAUGAAUCGGACGACUCUAUCGAGGACAAACAGCCGUCCACCGUUCCUGAACAGAAAGGUUCAGAAACAUUAUUACAUGAGCAUGAUUCAAACUUAUCACAGGAUGAAACACAGACAAGAGAAAGCAACCAGCAAGAAAAAGUCAAACCAGUUUCUGAAGAUGAAAAUGAAAGGAAUAGUGUAGGUGACCGUGAAGAUGCAGAUAAAGACUCAGAUCUGUAUUUAGCCACCUCCCAGCAACCUCAGAGCCCCACACCAACAAAAGCAGACAACACAACCGAUACCUUUCAAAAGUCUCUAGACACUGCACAUGCAGACCCAGAUCGAGAAGAACAGGACAAGAUCAGCCAUGACUCAGAUGAGGGUCAGUCCGAUAAAGGCAAGGGUGAAACUGUUGAAGAUAAAAAUGAGGUCAAGUGUGACCUAAAAGAAGAAAAGCAGGGCAAUAAGAGCCGUAGUCAGGAUGCAGAAGGACAAAAGAAAGAUGAAGCUGUUGGCCUUUAAAAAGAAAGAAGAUAGUGAAAGUGAAGCUGUAAAUACAACACAGCACAAAGCAAAGGGAAUAAGAUCAACAGAGAUGUAAAGGUAAAGUUAAAUGAGUGGAGGAAUUUUAAGACUAUCCAAAUGCAGAUAAAUAGUUGCUGUGCGAU